ACAGCAGCUUCUUGGCUGCAUCUUUAGCAAGCCUUCUGUCAAGAGAUGAAGAGCAGAAAUUGGAACAAAGGCACAAAGAUGACAAAUUAAUACAUGAUGAGACUAAAAAAAAGAAUGGGACCGGUUUCUUUUCUACUCCCUCACCUCCUGAAGUGGCAUCCACACCCUCUAAUAGGCUAGAAGACAAUCUAGAUACUGCAUUGUAUGGCCCAAUUAAGCUGCCUUCUGCUGUUACUUGUAACUCACCUGGAACACCAACAAUAGAUGAGCCAUCAUCUGCAGUCUGGUGUUGUCCCAGGCAGGACUUUCAAAACCACAUGGUUACAGGGCGGUUGUCAAAAACAAACUUGACGUGUGAUGCAAAACAUUCCACUCUUGAGCACACUGUUGUUGAAAACUGCCUGCCAAAUGAUACUUCAUCCUUCUUUGCAAAUGGAAGAAAUACUGUUAAUGAUGUUUGCCCAGGAAAUAAAACAGGUUGCAGUGCUUCUGCACCAGGAGUUGCCACAACCUCUGAAGAUGUUAAAGAAUCACGCACUGAGCUGAACUGUAUUUGCUCUGGUCUUCAGGUACUGGAUCUGAAUGUUGGCAUCAAGGGGAACUCAGACAAUUCUUUAGGUAUUAGUGCAGCUCUUGUAGGAGCAUCCUGCUCUAAUGCAUUGGACUUGGCUGUAGGCAAUACGCUAACUCAGAAAAGCAGUGCCUUUUCAGCUGGGCAAGAAAAGCAGCUGUUGAAUACUGUUGCCAUAGAAGAUGGUUCUGGGUGGCUGGCCUCCCGAAGGCAUUUAGAAAACUCUGAAGAAUCCUCCAAAGCAUUUCUUGAGAAGCCUGAAACUCUUGCAGAGACUGGGGGAGACAACAUCAACAGAAACCCACUGAAAAGCAAAGGUAGUCCUGAAGAAGACUGUCAGUUGCAUGGGCAGCAAAAUAUGGAGAUAAAAGUAACAUCAACCCCGGUGAAACAAGAAGGAAGGCUGAAUCUAGCAGCCCCUUUGACCUUGGAGAUUCUGGAAGGCAGCUAUACUGGGAAUUGCUGUCACAGAGAUGGUUCACAAUUAAGUAUACUCUUCGAAGUGAAAUGUGUAGAACUGCAGGAUCCUGCCAUACUUUUCUGUGUCUGGGUCGUGAAAGACCUUCUACAGAGCGAGAAAGAAGCUGUAGGAAAGACUUGGCUUUUGCACUCCAGUCUGGCAAGCUCUGCCCAGUCUAUUGCAGAUCUUUCUACACAUAGCCUUGGAGAAGCCAUCAGAUCAGCUUCACUUUUUGAGAAUUCCCGAAGAGCUGAAGAGCUUGAAGGAUUAAGGGCAUGUGAGGGAGAAUACGCAAAAAAUUACAACACUCUCAGUCUUAUUGGCAAAGGAUCUUUUGGCUUUGUCUGGACUGCCAGAGGCAAGGAAGAUCACCAGGAGGUUGUCGUAAAGUUCAUCUGGAAGGAGAGGGUGCUUGAGGACUGCUGGGUAGAUGAUCCUGAUCUGGGGAGAGUUACUCAAGAAAUAGCAAUCCUGUUGAAGCUGCAGCACCCCAGUAUCAUUAAGGUGCUGGAUGUAUUUGAAAAUGAAUACUUCUUCCAGCUGGUGAUGGAGAAGCAUGGGUCUGGUCUGGAUCUCUUUACAUUCAUUGAUAAUCAGCCCAACUUGGAUGAGCCAUUAGCGAGCUAUAUAUUCAGACAGCUUGUAUCAGCUGUUGGGUAUCUCCACUGUAGAAACAUCCUUCACAGAGAUAUCAAGGAUGAAAACAUUGUUAUUGCUGAAGAUUUCACAAUUAAAUUAGUGGACUUUGGUUCAGCUGCCUACCUGGAACCUGGCAAAUUGUUUUAUACCUUCUGUGGGACAAUUGAAUACUGCUCACCAGAAGUGCUGUCUGGCAAACCGUACCAUGGCCCUGAGCUGGAGAUGUGGUCACUUGGUGUCACCCUUUAUACCCUAGUAUUUGGAGAGAAUCCUUUCUGUGAGCUGGAGGAGGCCAUGGCAGCUGUCCUGAAUCCUCCUCGGCCUGUGUCAAAAGGUCUCAUGGAUCUCAUGGCUGGGCUUUUGCAUCCUGUUCCAGAGCAGCGCACGUCUCUGGCGAUGUUAGCAGAGGAUUGCUGGCUGAAGCAGCCUGUGAACCUGGGUGACUAUACCUGGUCAGAGGUAUACAUCUCUGCUGCACCAGAAAGCAGCAGGUUCAGAAGCAGCUCCGGUGAGUGCAGACGUGGAGACGGGCUCCCAGCUCCGUGCACGGAGAGUGAGCCGUGCUUGCAUGCUGCCGACUGCCAGCGCGUAGAUCCCCGCCGGGAAGAAGUGGCGGCCAUGGGGUGCCAGGGCUAG